AUGGACAACAUUGUCGUGGCCCGUGAACAACGGAAAUUCUCAACCCUCCGGCCUAGGCGUUCCUGGAGUGACGGCCUGUUACAACCCAAGUGGCUCGACCGAGAGGGGUUCGCUCGCCUUGCGCUCUUGGCCAUAGCAGAGCAUGCCAGAAGUCCGGCAACGCGAGCUCCGUAUGCAGAGGCCAACGGUAUAGUCAUCGAAGCGACGAGCACUGGUUGGGGCCAAGCGGCUGGCGCCACUUGCUACGGUGUGGGCUACGGAUUGAUAAACCAACAAAGGGAGCUUGGGAUUUUGGAGACGAGCGACAUGAUUGCCAAGGCGGUUUGCGAUACCGUUUGGCACAAGUGGUCACGGCGGCUGCUAAGUAUCCUGAGCUCUACUUGUUGCUUUCGUCAACCUUGA